CUACGACAAUGUUGUGGGUGUUGUGUGCCUUCUUUGGUGUCGUUUCAGCACUGCAGGCUCUGCCGCCGGUUCAAUGGCUCAGCAGCAAUGCUUCGUCGGCGGGGUUUUCGAUCGCUAAGUCUCUCAAGAUAAUAUAUCUGAAGAAAGAUUUUGUGGGUCAUACCGAUACCGAAGGUUUAACUCUAAUACCGCCGACCGCCUACGAGUUUGCAGAGACGUUUCGCCAAGACCUCUCACAACUUUUUGGAUCCUACUGGAUGCUGGAAAAGGUUGAGGAAUUCCCGGCUACUGGAAUCUUCCUUGGGCCAUUUAGGGAUGGGGCGAGUCAAUUGACAUACGAGAAUGGCAUUGCGACUGAAGAAGGGUAUGAACUUGAAGUCACCGGACAGAGCGUUUACAUCGGCGGAACCGGUUCUCGAGGCAUGUUUUGGGGGACAAGAACGCUUCUGCAAGAGCUCUUAAUUGCGAAUGGAACAGAUCUACCCUCAGGUCGAAUCGUAGAUGCACCGGCAUAUGCCACAAGGGGCUACAUGUUGGACGCGGGCCGGAAAUGGUACUCUCCAUCUUUUCUGAAAGAGCUUUGCACCUACGCUUCCUUCUUUAAGAUGUCCGAGUUCCACUAUCACUCUAGUGAUAACUAUCCUUUAAGUCGAGGCUACAAUGGGACGUGGAAUAAAAUAUUCUCUCACUUCUCGCUUUAUCCAGAACAUCCUGGUCUCCGUGGUAUCAUUCAAAGGAAGAAUGAGACGCUAUUAAGAGCAGAUUUUGAAGAAUUCCAAAAGCAUUGCGCGCAGAGAGGGGUCACUGUCAUCCCAGAGAUCGAAGCUCCGGGGCAUUGUCUAGCUAUCACAAAAUGGAAGCCUGAACUUGCAUUGGCGAAGAAAGAUCUGCUGAAUCUGACGCACCCGGAAGCGAUCCCAACGGUAAAAGCGAUAUGGGCGGAAUUUUUGCCCUGGUUUCAAACUAAGGAGGUUCAUAUUGGAGCGGAUGAGUACGACUUCACGCUAGCGGACGAUUAUAUCAGUUUCGUAAACGAGAUAUCAGAUUUUGUAAAUUCAACUUCAGGGAAGAGAGUCAGAAUAUGGGGCACAUACGAGCCGUCCGAGAAUCUGACCAUCUCAAAAGACGUCAUUGCCCAGCACUGGCAAUACGGACAAUCCGACCCUGUAAUCCUCCAAAGUGAGGGGUACGACAUAAUCAACUCGGAAGAUUGGUGGGCUUACAUGAGUCUGAAAAAUGACCACACACCCAUUCUCCCAGCCCCGUAUUCUCAGUUCUACAACAUCACCCGAACGAUGAACUUUGCGAAUGUUCCCGGAUGGCAGUGGGAUCCUGCGCUUUUCAACUCGGUGAAUGCUACCGAGCAACUUGCCCCCAGCGCAAGUAGGAAUAGAGGCGCGAUCCUCGCGGCCUGGAAUGACAACGGCCCAGAUGCGACCACGCAACUCGAGGCAUACUACGCGAUGCGAAACGGGAUCCCUGUUGUCGGCGCGCGAGCGUGGUCUGGGUCUCGUGGCCCGAAUAUCACCACCACAAGUCUGUCCUCUACACUAGACUUCCUGAUUCCAAAAGCACCCGGGCAGAAUUUAGAGCGUCGAAUCUCAUCUUUACACUCCCCUUCUUCUGGUGCCCCUCUUCUUUCUUGGUCCCGUCAGCCGUCGGAUCCUGCGAAUGUCACGGUGACGCUAGGCAAAGGGUCCUACGGCCCUCCAUAUACCCUGACGAUGCGCAUCUCGGCACCCUUCCUCUUGUCCGGACCUGAUAGCUCGCUCUCUCUUACCACCAUUCCCACAAACGCCUCUAACUCCACCAUAACUGUUCAAACCAUCGUCUUCACAACCGCCGACAACUUUCCAUACCCACUCCGCUCCGUCUCCCUCUCGUCCCUCUCUCCCACUGACCCCGACCAUGCAGGCCGCAUAUUCACAAACAUUACCACCUCAACCCACAACCCCGUCCCCAUCGAUGUCCCCGCCGACAUCCGGAUCGAAACAGAUAUAGUGAACGGAAGUCGGGUCUGGGUGGACGGUGUGUUUGCUGGUCGUUUUGAGGUUUUUAUUUUUGGUGGGCGGAAUACACUGUUUUCGUGGAGUCAGAUGGCGUUGGUGGCGCCUGUCGACGUUGUCCAGGGGGACCGACUAAUCCUACCGGAAUCUCCAGGAAUUGCGAAGCUUAGACAUGAAUUUGAACGCCCAUUCAUAGCACGAAGUUAG